AGUCACAAAGCGUUUUCCUCCGAGAGGGAGCGGAGUGGCGAGAGCUCGGGAGUCACUGGCAGGAAGCAGCGCUCCUCUGGACACCACAGAGGCCGACACGUCCCGGACCGCUGGGCUGAGGGAGUAGAAGAGAAAGCAAAAAAAAGAGCGAGAAGAGGAAGAAAGAAGUGUCAGAUGAUGAUGACAUCUGAUCCGGGUGCCUAGUUGAUCUCUCUUUUCUGUCUGACAGCUUCAACUGUGGAUCUCCAAGCGCACCAGGAGUGACUUUGUAACACCUUUUCCCACUGGGUCUGCCCGCGUCCCGCCGUCCUCCUGGCGAUUUAAAUCCGUGUUUGGACAUUUUGGAUCCUACUGGUCCGAUAUGAUUUCCCCUUCGUUUUAGCACACACUUUUCUCACGAGGACUGAAUUAGAGGAAUAAUCGGUCGACUGCUUGAUUUCUAGCGAAGCGCACGCGGCAGCCGCAGCAAAAGAGCGCACCCACGUUGCUCCUCUUGAGUGAAGGAUCUACAGGAGGACAAGUGUAGUCUACCGUCCGCCGGGGAGACACCGAGAAACAGAAGGACAGGCACCAAGCUACGGAGGUUUGUUCAUGUUUGGGAUCCAGGAGAGCAUCCAGCGAAGCGGCAGCAGCCUGAAGGAGGAGCCGCUGGGAGGCAUGAACGCUGUCCGGAGCUGGAUGCAGGGGGGCGGCGUGCUGGACGCCAACACGGCCUCCCAAAGUGGAGUGGGUUUGGCCCGGGCUCACUUUGAGAAGCAGCCGCCCUCCAACCUGCGUAAAUCCAACUUCUUCCACUUUGUCCUGGCUCUGUACGACCGGCAGGGUCAGCCAGUGGAGAUCGAGAGGACCAACUUCGUGGACUUCAUCGAGAAAGACAAGACCAGCGGAGAGAAGACCAAUAACGGGAUUCAUUACCGGCUGCAGCUUCUUUACAGUAACGGCAUCAGAACGGAGCAGGACUUUUAUGUUCGACUUAUAGACUCCAUGACUAAACAGGCGAUUAUUUAUGAAGGCCAAGACAAGAACCCAGAGAUGUGCAGAGUGCUGCUGACACAUGAGAUCAUGUGCAGUCGGUGCUGUGACAAGAAGAGCUGCGGAAACCGUAAUGAGACACCCUCAGACCCUGUUAUCAUCGACAGAUUCUUUCUCAAGUUUUUCCUCAAGUGCAACCAGAACUGUCUAAAAAAUGCAGGAAACCCACGAGACAUGAGGAGGUUCCAGGUGGUGGUAUCGACUACGGUGAGCGUGGAGGGACAUGUCCUGUCAGUCUCCGACAACAUGUUCGUCCACAACAACUCCAAACAUGGCCGACGGGCCCGCAGGCUCGACCCAGUGGAAGGAACGCCAUCUUACCUGGAACACGGAGCAGCUCCUUGCAUUAAAGCCAUCAGUCCUAGCGAGGGGUGGACUACGGGUGGCGCUACAGUCAUCAUCAUAGGAGACAAUUUCUUCGAUGGUCUCCAAGUCAUCUUCGGUACCAUGCUGGUUUGGAGCGAGUUGAUCACGCCACAUGCCAUCCGGGUGCAGACGCCUCCCAGACACAUCCCCGGGGUUGUUGAGGUCACUCUGUCUUACAAGUCCAAACAGUUCUGCAAAGGCACACCGGGAAGGUUCAUUUACACAGCACUAAAUGAACCAACCAUCGACUACGGUUUCCAGAGGCUUCAGAAGGUCAUCCCUCGACACCCUGGAGACCCUGAGAGGCUGCCAAAGGAGGUAAUUUUAAAGAGAGCAGCCGACCUAGUGGAAGCCCUCUACGGUUUGCCCCAUAAUAACCAGGAGAUCAUCCUGAAGCGUGCGGCAGACAUUGCAGAAGCUCUCUACAGCGUUCCACGAGGACACACCCAGCUUUCCGGCUCCACCCACAGCGGCAUGAUGGGGGUCAACUCCUUCAGUGGGCAGCUGUCCGUCAACAUCUCUGAACCCCCACAGGGCAAUCAGGGAUUCGUGCGCAGCAGCAGUAGCGUGUCCCCUCACGGUUACGUGCCCAGCUCCACGCCUCAGCAGACCAGUUACACAUCUGUCACCAGCACCAUGAACGGCUACACUAACAACACCGGCAUGACCAACCUGGGAGGCUCGCCUACUUUCCUCAACGGCUCUGCAGCCAACUCGCCUUAUGCUAUUGUCCCAUCCAGUCCCACUAUGGCCUCCUCCACCUCUCUCCCCUCCAACUGCUCCUCCUCUUCUGGCGUCUUCUCGUUCUCUCCAGCCAACAUGGUGUCGGCGGCCGUUAAGCAGAAGUCCGCAUUCGCUCCAGUGGUCAGGCCCUCCUCCUCCCCUCCGCCCUCCUGUACCAACGCCAAUGGGCUCCACGAUCAAACAUUUGUGGACUCUAGCAAGUACUCAACAGCCAACUCUCUACAAGGCCUGGCCUUCACCUGA